CAUCCCAAGGCACGUUCCACCCAAAAAAACCCGCGAAACCCACCUCUAAAAUGUCCAAAAUAGCCCCAACAACAUCUUUCCAAAUCCUUCUCUCCAUAUUCGCCCUCCCACUCCUCAUCCUGCCCUUGCAUGGAAACUCCCAAUCUACUGAUUCAGAACAAACAAUCCUACUCAGACUCAAACGACACUGGUCCAAUCCACCCUCCAUCAGCCACUGGACACCAUCACAACCAAACUCCAACUCCUCCACCCACUGUAAUUGGCCUGAGAUCACCUGCUCCAAUGGCUCCGUCACCGGACUUUCCCUCAUCGACAAAACCAUCAACAGGUCAAUCCCACCGUUCAUUUGUGACCUCAAAAACCUCACCGCCAUUGAUCUCCAGUACAAUUACAUCCCCGGACCCUUCCCUACGGCUCUCUACAACUGUACCAAGCUUGAACAUUUAGACCUCUCCCAAAACUUGUUCGUGGGCUGCAUUCCAGGCGAUGUUGACCGGUUGUCGACUCAUCUCCGGACCUUCAACCUCAGCGGCAACAACUUCACCUGCGAUAUCCCAGCAGCCAUCGGGCGGUUCCCCGAGCUCACAACCCUUCGGCUUUUUCUAAAUUUGUUGAACGGCUCUUUCCCGCCAGAAAUUGGCAACCUGUCAAGGCUAGAAUGGCUGGAGCUGUCGGACAAUGAAUUUGCGCUGAUGGCGAUACCAUCCACCUUUACCCAGUUGAGGAAACUUAAACAACUAUUGAUCAAAGGUUCAAGUUUGAUCGGUGAAAUCCCGGAAACAAUUGGGAAUUUAGCAGAGCUCGAGGAAUUGGACUUGUCAAACAAUAACUUGACUGGUACAAUUCCGAGUGGUUUGCUUCUGCUGAAGAAUUUAACAAUAGUAUAUCUCUACAAAAAUCACUUGUCCGGGCCAAUUCCUCAGCCCAUUGAAGCUUUGAAGAUGGAGGAAUUCGAUUUAUCCGAAAACAACUUGACGGGAACAAUUCCGGAUGAUUUUGGUACACUAACAGAGUUGUCAGUUUUGUCUCUAUUUUCCAACCAACUCUCGGGGGAGAUACCGGAAAGCAUUAGUCGCCUUCCAUCACUGAGAUAUUUAACAUUGUCCAGCAACAAUCUCUCUGGAACAUUGCCACCGGACUUGGGGCAAUAUUCCAUUCUUCAGGGGUUUGAAGUCGCCCAGAACCAUUUCACCGGUAAGGUGCCGGAGCACUUGUGCGCUAAUGGUGGACUAAUAGGAAUUGUGGCAUAUGAUAACAAUUUGAGUGGUGAAUUGCCUAACUCACUUGGCAAUUGUUCGAGUUUGUUGAUUGUUUGGGUUAAUGGUAAUCGCCUUUCUGGCAGUAUUUCAGCUGGUCUCUGGACAUCAACCGAUCUGACAUUGUUGAUGCUUAGCGAUAACUCCUUUACCGGUCAGCUUCCAAGAACACUUGCACCAAGUUUAGUACGACUAGAGAUCAGUAAUAACAGGUUUUCUGGUGAAAUCUCAAUUGGGUUGUCUUCUUGGAAGCAUUUAACAGUGUUCAGUGCAAGUAACAACCUCUUUGUUGGUACAAUUCCCCAAGAAUUGACAACACUUUCUCAAUUGACAACUCUGCUGCUCGAUGGGAAUCUACUUUCCGGUCAUCUUCCAUCAGAUAUUGUCUCAUGGAUGUCGCUGACCACUCUGAAUCUCAGUCGAAACCAACUCUCGGGUUCAAUUCCUGCCAAACUUGGUUCUUUACUAAGCCUCACCGACUUGGACUUGUCAAGGAAUGAGUUCUCAGGUCAAAUUCCAACUCAGAUUGGCCUUUUAAGGCUACGUUCCCUCAAUUUGUCUUCCAACUGUCUCACUGGAACAAUCCCAGAUGGGUUUGAAAGUACUCUUUUCAAUGCCAGCUUCUUGAACAACACCGGUCUUUGUGCAUGCAAUCCAUCACUGGGCCUUGAGAUCUGCUCUUCUAGAUUUGAAAACUCGAGCAAAAUAUUCUCCAGGCUUCUCGCUAUAAUCAUAGGUAUAGAUACAGUCUUACUUGCAUCAGCUAUGCUAUUCACAUUCUUCCUAAUUAAAACUUGCAGGAAAAAGGGCCCCGAAUCGGAUUCCAAGUGGGAGCUCACUUACUAUCAGAAAUUGAAUUUGAGUUUCAAAGAGUCAGACAUUUUGUCAAAUUUGACUGAAAAUAAUGUGAUCGGAAGUGGUGGAUCGGGAAAAGUAUAUCGUGUUGAGUUGAACUGUUCAAGUGAAAUUGUAGCAGUUAAGAGGAUUCAGAAUAUCAAGAAGUUGGAUCAAAAGCUCGAGAAGCAAUUCCUAGCAGAAGUUGAGAUAUUGGGCACAAUUCGCCAUUCCAACAUAGUGAAUUUGUUGAGUUGCAUUUCUAGUGAGACUACAAAACUUAUUGUUUAUGAGUACAUGGGAAACCACAGCUUGUAUAGUUGGCUCCAUGAAAAAAAGAGGCAAAGCAUAUCGGAUUCAGACCACGGUCUUGUCUUGGAUUGGCCUAAGCGGUUGAAAAUUGCCGUGGGAGCUGCGCAAGGGCUGUGCUACAUGCACCAUGAUUGCAAACCUUCAGUAAUUCACCGAGAUGUGAAAUCGAGCAAUAUUCUGUUGGAUUCUCAGUUCAAUGCAAAAGUUGCAGAUUUCGGCCUGGCCAAGAUAUUGGUAGAGCAUGGAAUGCCUAAUACGAUGUCAACUGUGGUUGGCUCUUUUGGGUACAUUGCUCCAGAGUAUGCUAGGACAAGCAGAGUGAAUGAGAAGAUUGAUGUCUAUAGCUUCGGUGUUGUCCUUCUAGAACUAGUUACUGGUAAGAAAGCCAAUGAUGAAAAUGAAGAUAUGUGCCUUGCCGAUUGGGCAUUUCAAUGUUACAAUAAAAAACGAAACCACAUAGUUGAUGCCCUAGAUGAGAAGAUUAAAGAACUUCAUUACUUAGAUGAAAUGGCUUGUGUUUUCGAGCUUGGGAUCAUUUGCACUGGCCCACUUCCCUCAAAUAGGCCUAGCUUGAGGCAGGUUUUACAAAUCUUGCUCAAUUGUAGCCAUCAAUCGGCAAGAACUGUUCAGCCAGUCAGCAAUCCAGUAACAAACAACCCCGAAGAAGACCUAGUGAUAAACAACAACCUUGAAGAAAAUUAUGAGCAAAGUGCAGAUGAACAUGAGGUUUCAAUCGUAGAGAUCUCAUAGCAGAUAGAAUCUAUUGCAACCAACAAACCAAAAAGAGUCAUCAAACAACAUGGAUGGCUUGCUGAUAUGGUAACCUAUGUCCUUCCAGUCAUUUAAAGUGGAAUUUUGUGUACUUUCAGAGAAGUUGUGCAUGAUGUUGAAAGUGAUUAGUGGAAGGAGGCUAUGAAUGACAAGAUCAAGUCACUCCAUAAGAACCAGACUUGGGAGUUGGUGCAACUUCCAAAGGAAAAGAAAGCAAUUGGUUGCAAACGGGUUUACACAACGAAAUAAGGUAUUACAGGGAAGGACAACAUCAGGUUCAAAGCUAGACUGGUGGCUAAAGGCUAUGCCUAGAAAGAAGGAAUAGUGUAGACACCCUAUUUUGACUGCCCUUAAGACUUGGGCACCUCACGUUGAACACUCGAUGAUGAAAUGUUAAGCUUUGCAAUCGUUUGAUUUCUUCAGCAAAAGGCCUUGAAUUUGAGUUUCAAAACUAAGCCUUACACCCCCUUUGGACCAAAACUUUUUUUUUUUUUUUUUUUUUUCUAGCCUAACCACUUAGAGAAGAGCUGGCCAGCAAGUGGAUGGCAUGCCAUUUUUGAUUGGCCGGUCGUCCCCCUUCAUGGUCGGCCAGCCAUGUUUAGCGACAGCAGAUGUUUUGAGAUAGCCAGCUGUCCCUAUGCCCAUGCCUUGCACCAGCUAUCUCAUUACAAAUAUUUCCGACGUAAGAAGGCUUUUUUCUAUAAAUACAUGACCUCCCCUCAUGGUUUGGGGUUAAAAAAUUUUGCCAAAAGCCAUAACUUGUCAAACA